AUGAGCCAAACAUGCACGGCCCAGAAGCCCUCCUCCUGCAUUCUGCCUCUGCCCGACGACGUCGUCGCCCAGAUCAAGUCGUCGACGGCCAUUGUGUCGCUCACCGACGUAGUGCUGGAGCUGCUGAAGAACUCGCUUGACGCCAGAGCCACCAAGGUCGAGGCGUCCGUCGACUUUGCCCGAGGCGCAUGCACCGUAGAGGACGACGGCCGGGGCAUCCCACCACUUGAGUUCACAGAGGACGGCGGGGCACCUCGAAACACAAUCCAUCCGAACCGCUUCUCGGCCGCCAUGGCACCUUCCUCGCCUCCCUCUCUGCUGUGUCCCUCCUGUCCGUCACAUCACGCCACUGCCAGCACCGCUCCCCACAACUCUGUCACGUUUCACCACGCCAAGACUGUCCGCCGGCAGCUGCCCGCGGAAUCACACCAUCACACACAUGAGAAGCACGGCACCCGCGUGACGGUCCGCAACCUGUUUGGAAACCUGCCUGUUCGUGUAAAACAGCGAUCGAAAGCUGCCGAGCACAGGUCAGAACACGACCGCCUGUGGGAUAAGCUGAAGUCGAGUGUCGCAGCUCUUCUGCUAAGCUGGUCUGGCUCCGUGAGCCUACGAGUCCAAGAUGCCCAAAAUCGCAUCCGCUUCGCCUUCAACACCUCCAACUCGUGGCUGGCAGCACGGGAAAAGCGCUUGGCCAACUCACACCCGCCGUCAUCGCAUCUUACUUGCAUGCUUGCCAUCCUCACCCAGGCCAACUACAUCUCAGUGACCCAGUGGCCAACUUGGAUACCCGUGUCAGCCUCCACGCCCUCGCUAUCCAUCCAAGGCGUCAUAUCGCUCGAACCAGCACCCACCAGGAGCAUUCAGUUCAUCUCGCUUGGUAUUCGGCCUCUGUCCGCUGAUGGCGAAAACAAUGAACUUUACAAUCAAGUGAAUCGCCUGUUCAGACAUUCCAGUUUCGGUAUUGAAGAAGAACAUGUUGUCAGUGAGCCUGACAAGGACCGUCAGUCAUCAGACAAGCGAUUGAACCGACGUCGACAAUUCAAAAUGAGAAAAGGUGUUGAUAGAUAUCCAAUGUUUCAUCUUCGCAUCGCUUUGCGGGAAGAAGACGAACUCGUCGGUGAGGAAACAAACCUCCAAGCCGUCGUCGAGGUCCUUGGCGCUAUGAUCGUCCAAUGGCUAAAAGCCCAUCAUUUCAGUCCCGUGUCAGAUCGCCCAAACCGAAAGAGUGCUGGCGCUUCAGUCAAUGUCCCAGUAUUGUCGAGCGAAGAUGGACCCACGUCAUCCGGCGCAGGACCGCCAGAAGCUUCAUCGAGAGACAGCCUGCGCCGUGUAGACUUCGAAGCACGCAAUCUCGACGCAAAACCGACGCUUGGCAAAAAGAGAAAGCGGUCUAGACCGUCAGAGUGUAAUGUCGAGAAGCCAGGAAACCGAGCUUUUGCAGAGUGGUCUCGAAUCAAGAGUGGGAAGACGGACUUUUUCAACAUUCCUGCGACCUUGCAAAUCCCUGAACCAAGGGCCGGUACGAUGACACAGCAAAAAAUAGGCGCAUUUGAUAACGAUAACGUCGACGAAUCUUUGGUCUGGGUUGACCCAACAACCAAAAAGGCACACGUACUGAACGCUCGCACUGGCUGUGUGAUGCCGCUCUCAAGUACCAGACCAGCUACUCAUCCAUUCACAUCGCCACUAGGCAUGCCGCACGCGCCUUCAAAACCAUCACUACGGCUUGCUCCGAAGACCGCUGCUGUGGGACAGACGCCCUGGCUGGAUGGGAUACUUCAAACUUGGACUAACCCUGUCUUCCGAACGAACGAGCAACGAAUAGAGCAGAUCUUACCCCAAGACGACAAAGGACACAACUUGCACCACCAAUGCUGCUCCGCGCCCAAGGAUGCAGCUCAGUUUGCACAUCCCCUCACCAAGGCCAGGCUGUCAAAAGAAUGCCUCGUGAGCGCCGAGGUCCUGGCGCAAGUGGAUAAGAAGUUUAUCCUUGUCAAAAUGAGAACUCGCCCAGAUGAAAAUCCUAAACAUGACGCUGCGAGGCCAUUGCUGGUGCUAAUUGACCAACAUGCAGCAGAUGAGCGGAUUCGAGUGGAGGCUUUGUUACGGGAACUUUGCUCUCCAAUGGAUACACAUUGCUCUGGCUACCAAUCAAAGCUCGGUCACCGUGCCUUGGUAGGAUCAGUCAUGCUCGAGAAUCCACCCAAGUUCACCGUUUCACGACAAGAACAGCUGCACUUUGCCACAUACGCCGAUAGGUUUGCAUCUUGGGGUAUCCUGUUCGACUUUGUGGACUCUGCCACGAAUUCUGUCAAAGUAGUUACCUCCGAAGAACCCUCACGACUCCUAUGCGUAACGGCUUUGCCACCCGGCAUUUCCGAGCGUUGUCAAGCGGAUGCUCAGCUUCUGAUUUCCUUCUUACGCACUGCAGUCUGGAAAUAUGCGAACGAUCUUAGCCUGUCGACGGAAACGUCGCUACCUCAGCCCAGUCAACCUUUAGAUUGGAUAGGUCGCCUCGGCCAUUGUCCCGAAGGUCUUGUUGACAUCAUCAACUCUCGAGCGUGUCGCUCGGCCAUCAUGUUCAAUGAUGAGCUUGACAUGCAUCAGUCUAGAGGACUUGUACAAAAGUUGGCUACAUGCGCAUUCCCCUUUGUGUGCGCACACGGACGGCCUAGUAUGGUGCCAUUAGGAGAUAUCGGCAGCUUCGCGGAGAAUACCCAAGCAUUGUCUCUGGCCUUACAGUCAGACCGAAGCAAUUUUGUACACGCUUGGAAGCAUUGGGCACAAUGA